GAUACUUGUUUCGUAAAGAAAUGAAAGCAACCCACAGAGAGCAGAAGCACAGUGUAUCCGACACAUGGCUGAAGCGGUGCACCUGCUUGUGAAGGAUUUAUCGCAACCGCUGUAAGCGCAUCUACUGGAGCGAUCGCAUCUCCCGUUCUCCGCAGUGUAAACGGCUUGGGAUGGCCGCCCUUUCUCUGUGUAUCGUUCUGUGUGUGCUGUUGGUGGCUGCAGCGUUUGGGCCGGUGCCAAGGAUCAAGUGGGAGCAUAAAGAUGUUCAUUUAACACAUUUUCACAUGGACGGCAUUUUCAACUAUUCUACUUUAUUGCUGAGCGAAGAUGAGGAUGUCCUGUAUAUUGGCGCAAGGGAAGUUGUCUUUGCUGUCAAUUCCCUCCGUAUCGCUGAGAAGAUGCAGGAGGUUUACUGGAAAGUCACGGAAGAAAAGAGUAAUGAGUGUGCUCGGAAGGGCAAAUCCAGACAGACUGAAUGCUUGAACUACAUUCGAGUGCUGCAGCCGUCCAGUGACAAGGCGCUGUAUGUAUGCGGAACCAAUGCCUUUCAGCCCACCUGUGACCUGCUGGAACUGAGUAGUUUCCAGUUCAUGGGUAAGAAUGAAGACGGCAAAGGAAGAUGCCCCUUUGAUCCAGCCCAAAGUUAUACAUCUGUGAUGGUUGAUGGCGAACUUUACUCUGCAACCUCCUACACCUUUUUGGGUAGCGAGCCAAUUAUUUUUAAACACUCCCAGCAAAGUCAGUUGAGAACAGAAUAUGCUGUACCUUGGCUUAAUGAACCCAGCUUUGUGUAUGCAGAUGUUAUCAGAGCGCCUCAAAACAACCCAGAUGGAGAGGAUGAUAAAGUUUAUUUCUUCUUCACUGAAGUAUCUGUGGAAUUUGACUUUCUAAGCAAGCUUCUGAUACCAAGGAUAGCAAGAGUGUGCAAGGGUGACCAGGGAGGAUUGAGGACAUUACAGAAGAAAUGGACCACGUUUCUCAAAGCCAAGCUCAUCUGCCACUCGCCAGAAAAUAAUUUCAUUUUCAAUGUGAUUAAUGACGUUUUCAUCCUGAAAUCUCCAAAUUUAAGAGAGCAAGUCAUCUAUGGAGUCUUUACCUCUCAUUUAAAUAACGUUGGCCUGUCAGCUGUGUGUGCAUACAAUGUCUCCACCGUGGAAGAUGUCUUUGCAAAAGGGAAGUACAUGCAGAGUGCUACUGUAGAGCAAUCGCAUACAAAGUGGGUGAGGUUUAAUGGAGAAGUUCCCAAGCCGCGGCCAGGAGCUUGCAUCAACAAUGAAGCCAGAGCAAUGAAUUACACCAGCUCCCUUAACCUCCCUGACAAGACGUUACAGUUUGUUAAGGAUCACCCUCUGAUAGAUGACUCUGUGACUCCAAUGGGCAAUAAACCCAAACUUGUGCUCCAGAAUGUUGUUUUAACACAGAUUGUGGUGGACCGGGUCACUGCCUUGGAUGGAAGUAUCUAUGAUGUCAUGUUUCUAAGUACAGAUAAUGGCAUGUUGCAUAAAGCUGUCAAUCAGGACUCUGAGAUGCGAAUAAUUGAGGAAAUUGUGUUAUUUCCCAAUCACGAGCCAGUCCAGACCUUACUGCUAUCCAGCAAGCAGGACAAGCACUAUAUAUAUGCCGGAUCCAAUGUGGGAGUGGUACAAUCCCCUGUUGCGUUCUGUGAAAAGUUUACAACUUGCGCGGAGUGUGUCUUGACAAGAGAUCCUUACUGUGCUUGGCACCCGUUGAAAAGCUCUUGCGUUAACAUCCUACAGGAGAACAACACUGACAGGGUUUUGAUACAAAUGCUAAAUGGAGAUAUCUCCCAGUGCCCAGAUCCUACUGAUAAAGGAACCCAGAUACACACUGUGAAGCCAGGAAGUAUGGUCGAAUUGAACUGCUCUCACAAGUCUAAACUGGCCUCUUUGGUUUGGAUGUUCAAUAAUCAAAGCCUGGUCAUUAAUCCUCCACGAUAUCACCUCUUGCAUAAAGGAGUAAUCAUCUCUAAUGUUACGGAGGUUGACACUGGCACAUACCAGUGCUUGUUUCAAGAAUCUGUAAUGGACACGGUGUAUUCCCAGGUAAUAGUCAGUCAUGUCGUUGAGCUGGAGAAGACCUCACCUCUGUUGUUAAGCACGACACAGCUGAUGAGUGUGACAGAAGGUGCUGUAGAUAUGACAGAGGCCUAUACGGUGGCUAUGGAUAUGUCUACCACUGAAGCAACAUCAACUACUCGGACCACAGCAACUGCUGCAAUAACAAAUGCUGUCAGUAAGAUGCUAACAACUUCAUCAGUAUCCCCUUUGACUGAGAUUUUGAGCUCUCUUCCUGAGGUUGGGGUUGGAAAGACCUUAUACUUGAAAGAAACAAGCGACUGCUCACUCCUCAUCUUCCCAGUCGUGUUAUUUUUUGUCUUGUUUCUUGGUCUGGUGAUGUACAAUUGCUACAGGGGUUUUCUGCCAGAUCAGUGUCUAAAAUAUCGCUCCACUUUGCAUCCUGGCAAUAAAAAACCCCCACCGGACUUUACGGACUGCGAGCAAGGUGUAAAUGAGACCCUGGUUAAAAAUGAGAACCAAUACGGCGAUGCACCAAAGACCCUUCGUGACACCGGUUACGAGACCGAGACGGACUGCGGCAACGGAAAUAUCCCUCAUAAAGAAGACGCAGAAAAAACGGAGCAGACUGAAAAGGACAAGCCGUUUGAUGUUAAAUGUGAUUUAAAGUAUGCAGACUCAGACGUAGACUGAAAGAGGCCUUUUAAGUUUAAAGACUUAUUUAAAAAUUAAACCUGCUGAGCCACCAUAAAAGGGCAGCCUUUAAAUCUGUCAAUUUCCUGUGUAGAAAAAAAUCCCAAGAAAUCCAUUGAGUGCCAGAGAUACAUUCCUUCGUGAUGUUCUUCUGUCUUUCA